AGUACAAACCAACCAACUCUCCUUCAUUGUACCGUACCGGCGUACCCUCCCUUUCCUAUUUCUUUAUUCUCUGACCCUUGGUCUUUCCCGGCGGAGUUCAUCUCUCUCGCCGGCGACCGGCCCCCCCUCACCCUGCAACUCCGGAGGACUUUAAUUGUCUCAAUGGAAAACUGAUAUAGCCUUUCGCGCGAGUCCUAUACAUACUAGUCCGCACUCCAGACGCGUUCAGAUGGCCGAAUCAACGGAGGCGAAACAGCCAACGGUGGAGGCGGAGAGAAAGAAGCCGGAACAGGGCAUUCCGUUCUACAAGCUGUUCUCUUUCGCCGACAAGUUCGACUGGAUGCUGAUGUUCCUGGGCAGCCUGGGCGCUGCCGUUCACGGCUGCUCAAUGCCCGUCUUCUUCCUCCUCUUCGGCCAAAUGGUGAAUGGCUUCGGCCAAAACCAGUCCGAUUUUCACACCAUGACCCACCAAGUCUCCAUGUAUGCUCUGUAUUUCGUGUAUCUUGGGCUCAUCGUUUGUGCAUCUUCCUACGCCGAGAUAGGGUGUUGGAUGUACAGCGGGGAGAGGCAGGCGGGAGAGUGGCGGCGGAGGUAUUUGGAGGCGGUGCUGAAACAGGACGUGGGCUUCUUCGACACCGACGCCCGGACCGGAGAUAUCGUCUUUUGCGUCUCCACCGAUACCCUCCUUGUCCAGGAUGCUAUCAGUGAGAAGGUGGGAAACUUCAUACAUUACCUCUCCACGUUCUUGGCGGGACUGGCGGUGGGUUUUGUGUCAGCGUGGCGGUUGGCGCUGCUGAGUGUGGCGAUCAUCCCGGGAAUUGCCUUCGCCGGCGGCCUCUAUGCUUAUACUCUCACCGGCCUGACGUCCAAGAGCCGCCAGUCAUACGCCAACGCCGGCGUCAUUGCCGAGCAGGCCAUUGCACAAGUUAGGACAGUGUACUCUUACGUUGGCGAGAGCAGAACUCUGAACUCAUAUUCAGAUGCAAUACAGAACACCUUAAAACUGGGAUAUAAGGCCGGGAUGGCCAAAGGGUUGGGCUUAGGUUGUACCUAUGGAAUCGCUUGCAUGUCGUGGGCCCUCGUUUUCUGGUACGCCGGCGUCUUCAUCCGUAACGGCCAGGCGGACGGCGGAAAGGCCUUCACUGCCAUCUUCUCCGCCAUUGUCGGUGGCAUGAGUUUGGGGCAGUCAUUUUCCAACCUUGGGGCAUUUAGUAAAGGGAAAGUGGCUGGGUACAAAUUGGCACAGAUUAUCAAGCAAGAACCGACGAUGGUUCGACACCCGACCUACGGGAGAACCUUGGCUCUCAUCCGUGGAGACAUUGAGUUCAAAGAUGUGACCUUCAGCUACCCGUCGAGACCUGACGUCGUAAUCUUUAGAAAUUUCUCCAUUUCCUUCCCCGCUGGAAAGACGGUGGCAGUUGUCGGCGGUAGUGGCUCCGGGAAGAGCACCGUCAUCUCACUUAUUGAAAGAUUUUAUGAUCCCACAAACGGUGAAAUUUUAUUGGAUAAUGUGGACAUAAAGACGCUGCAGUUGGGUUGGUUGAGAGACCAGAUUGGAUUGGUGAACCAAGAACCUGCACUGUUUGCCACCACCAUUGUUGAGAACAUACUCUAUGGAAAGCCCGAUGCAACCAUGGCUGAAGUUGAGGCUGCAUCUGUUGCUGCCAAUGCUUAUGGCUUCAUCUCCUCCCUCCCGGAAGGCUACAACACCCAGGUCGGAGAGCGUGGGGUCCAGCUCUCGGGCGGCCAGAAGCAGAGAAUUGCGAUCGCGAGAGCUGUGCUCAAGAACCCGAAGAUCCUCCUGCUAGACGAAGCCACUAGCGCCUUGGACGCUGGUUCCGAGACCAUUGUCCAGGAAGCUCUCGACCGUCUCAUGGUCGGGAGGACGACGGUGGUCGUCGCCCACCGCCUCUCCACGGUUCGAAACGUCGAUUCCGUUGUGGUCCUCCACCAAGGGAAAGUCGUGGAGACAGGGACCCACGAUGAGCUCUCGGCUCACCCCGGCGGGGCUUACGCUUCCCUUAUAAGAUUCAAUGAAUCCACGGCGGCCCGCGACUGCCCGAACAGGCCGACGCACCACCGAUCGCGCUCCUCGCGGCUGAGCCGCUCCCUGUCGACGAAGUCACUUAACCUCCGGUCGGGGAGCCAGAGGAACCUCACCUAUUCGUACAGCACCGGGGCCGACGGGAGGAUAGAGAUGGUGUCCAACGCAGAGACAGAGAAGAAAACACGGGCCCCGCGAGGGUACUUCUGGCGGCUCCUCAAGCUCAACGCCCCCGAGUGGCCCUACGCCGCGACGGGGGCCGUCGGUUCGUUGCUGUCGGGUUUCAUCAGCCCGGCCUUCGCCAUCCUGAUGGGGAACAUGAUCGAGGUGUUCUACUACACGGAACCGGAAACCAUGGAACGGAAGACGAAGGCGUACGUCUUUUCUUACGUCGGGAUCGGGCUAUACGCGGUGGUUGCCUACUUGGUCCAGCAUUACUUCUUUAGCAUUAUGGGGGAGAACCUUACCACCAGGGUGAGAAGGAUGAUGCUUGCAGCAAUUCUACGGAAUGAGGUCGGGUGGUUUGACGAGGAGGAGAACAAUUCGAGUCUGCUAGCGGGUCGGUUAGCCCGAAACGCUGCAGACGCGAAGUCCGCCAUAGCCGAGAGGAUCUCUGUGGUACUGCAAAAUAUGACCUCUCUCCUCACCUCCUUCAUUGUGGCUUUCAUUGUGGAGUGGAGGGUCUCACUUCUCAUUCUUGCCACUUUCCCCCUUCUUGUCCUUGCCAAUUUUGCCCAGCAACUGUCACUCAAAGGGUUCGCCGGAGACACGGCAAAAGCCCAUGCAAAGACGAGCAUGAUCGCCGGAGAAGGCGUCAGCAACAUCCGGACGGUGGCGGCAUUCAACGCCCAACAGAAUAUUCUCUUCCAAUUUACUCAACACCUCAAAGUCCCACAGAGACAAAGCCUCAAGCGCAGCCACUUGUCCGGUUUCUUGUUCGGCCUCUCCCAGCUCGCCCUAUACUCCUCCGAGGCUCUCAUCUUGUGGUACGGCGUCCGCCUCGUCAGCCACGGCUCGUCGACCUUCUCAAAGGUCAUCAAGGUCUUUGUCGUCCUCGUCGUCACCGCCAACUCCGUCGCCGAGACCGUCAGCCUUGCUCCCGAGAUCGUCCGGGGCGGCGAGUCCGUUGCCUCCGUGUUCUCCAUACUCGACCGCCGCACCGCGAUCGACCCCGACGAUCCCGACGCGGACCCCGCGGGGCCGGUCCGGGGCGACGUCGAGCUCCGCCACGUGGACUUCGCGUACCCGUCGCGCCCCGACGUGUGCGUUUUCAAGGACCUGAACCUCAGGAUCCGCGCUGGCCAGAGCCAAGCCCUCGUCGGGGCUAGCGGGUCCGGGAAAAGCUCGGUCAUCGCGCUGAUCCUGCGGUUCUACGACCCGACGGCCGGGAAAGUGAUGAUCGACGGGAGGGAUAUAAAGAGGCUGAAGCUGAGGUCUCUAAGGCUAAAGAUAGGUCUUGUCCAACAAGAGCCCGUGCUUUUCGCCACUACUAUUUUCGAAAACAUAACGUACGGCAAAGAAGGGGCAACCGAGGAGGAAGCGGUAGAAGCGGCCCGGGCGGCGAACGUGCACGCUUUCAUAAGCGGAUUGCCGGAAGGGUACCAGACGCAAGUCGGGGAGCGGGGAGUGCAACUCUCGGGGGGACAAAAGCAGCGGAUUGCGAUCGCGAGGGCGGUCCUGAAGGACCCGGCGGUACUAUUAUUGGACGAGGCGACGAGCGCGCUAGACGCGGAGUCGGAAAGCGUCCUACAAGAGGCGCUCGAGAGGGUGAUGAAGGGUAGGACGACGGUAGUGGUGGCCCACAGGCUGUCGACGAUUAGGAACGUGGACUGCAUCGGGGUGGUGCAGGACGGUCGGAUAGUCGAGAAAGGGAGCCACUCGGAGCUCGUCGGGCGGCCGGAAAGUUGCUAUUCAAGACUAGUGCAACUUCAACACCAUAGCAUAUGAACGUACAAUGCAUGCAAGAUUUAGUACUAGUAGUAGUAGACAUUUGAGGCAUGAAAUCAUUAUAUUCUGCUCUAGAUUUUCGUGCGUAUUUUUUUUUGAAGUUUCUUUAACGCAACGAAUCGGAAUUCAUGUUAAAAAUAUUGUAACCCAAAACACAUUUUCAUGGUUGGUCUUCAUUAGGCCCUAUUU